AUGUCUAAACUCAAAUGGAUCCUCAAGAAGGCAGCCGUAGAGGAGGACACAGGACUCAGCAAUGGCGAGAUGAUGUUGACCAACAAUGAUUUACGUCCAGUCGAACCGGAACAACGCCAAUGGAAAUGGAUUAACUUCAUUGCUUUCUGGAUUGCAGAUUCGUUGAACAUUAACACAUGGAUGAUCUCCUCGUCAAUGAUUGUCGACGGUCUCUCCUGGUGGCAAUCCUGGAUCUGUGUCUGGGUUGGAUAUUUCGUGGCUGCAGCUUUCGUCUGUCUAGUUGGACGAAUUGGUGCUGUCUAUCAUAUUUCCUUCCCCGUCACAGCUCGUGCGUCAUUCGGAAUCUGGGGCUCUUUAUGGCCCGUCCUCAACCGUGUGGUGAUGGCUAUCAUUUGGUAUGGUGUGCAGGGCUACAUCGGAGGCCAGUGUGUGACUUUGAUGAUCGAGGCCAUUUGGCCGAGCUACCGGAACCUUCCCAAUGGCCUCCCCGCCAGUGCUGGCAUCGAUACCAAGGAUUUCGUCAGCUUCUUCUUGUUCUGGUUGCUCUCGCUUCCAGCCUUGUGGUUCCCGGUCCACAAGAUCCGUCACUUGUUCACCGUCAAGGCAGUGUAUUCUCCUAUUGCUGCCUUCGCUUUCUUCGGCUGGGCCAUCUCCCGUGCCAACGGUCUCGGUCCGAUUAUUCACCAGUCCAACACCGUCCACGGAAGCGACUUUUCAUGGGCAAUGGUGAAAGGAAUCAUGUCGUGCAUUGGAAACUUCGCCGCACUUAUCAUGAACAACCCCGAUUUCUCACGAUUUGCCAGAACACCUAAAGACGCCUUCUGGUCCCAGCUACUUACCAUUCCCUUCGGAUUUGGUGUCACCUCAUUCAUUGGAAUCAUCGUGUCUUCCUCCUCAGCAGUGAUCUUCAACGACGGCUACACAUGGAACCCCCUCGACCUCCUCGGAAAAUUCCUCGAUGGAGCCAGUUCCGGUCAGCGCUUCGGUAUCUUCGUCAUCGCCACCGGAUUUGCCCUAGCUCAGCUUGGAACAAACAUUGCCGCCAACUCUAUCUCAGCAGGAACUGACUUGGCUGCCCUGCUUCCCCGAUACAUGACCGUCCGACGCGGCAGUUACCUCUGCGCCAUCAUCGGUCUAGCUAUGUGCCCAUGGCACCUUGUCUCAGGCUCAAACAACUUUACAACUUACCUCUCCGCCUACUCUCUCUUCCUCUCCGCCAUCGCCGGUGUCAUGGUCUGUGACUACUACAUCGUCCGUAAGGGCUUCCUGAACAUGAAGGCUCUCUACAGUGCCAGCAAGACAGACCCCUACUACUUCACUGGCGGUUUCUCCUGGCGCGCAUAUGCCGCUUACCUCUGCGGUAUCCUGGUCAACAUCGUUGGCUUCGCCGGUGCUGUUGGAUGCGAUGUCCCUAUCGGUGCUCAAUAUGUCUACAACAUUAACUAUUUCACCGGUUUCGGUGUUUCCUCUAUCGUGUACUUCUGUCUGACGUGGUUCUAUCCCAUUCCAGAGACAAGUGCUACCUGGAACGAGGUUGAUGUCGAUGCUGAGGAUAUCUCCGUUGCAUACGGAAAGGAUCCCACUGAUUUGGAGGCUCAUGGGUAUGCUGAUCCGAGGUCGGUUGAUGGUGCACUUGGCUUGGACUACAGGAAGGGUAUGAGCUCUUCGGACAGGAAGAUUUGA